GCCGGGGGGUCAUGUACCCUUUUUAGAGACCCUUCACUGCUGUAUAAUAUUCUUCUGUGAAUAAUCUUCCAGUUACGGUUGAACUUUGCCUCUCCAGGAUUGUCAGGGCUGCUACGCAACUGAUGUCAGCCACUCGUAAACAAAGCAGGGCAUUCCUCUGGCAUGUCCUGACAGCGGCUAGCAGGAGGAAGUGGCUUUCCCCCAGAAGCACCAGAGCUGCCUGCCUGGCUGCCAGGGAGAUCUGCUCCAACAGGUUUCUGCUGGGGCGUGAAGAGGGUGUGGAUGUAAUCGCGGCCAGACUGGAGCGUGUUUUCCUUCCAAACGAGGAGGCCGCACGAAACCUCAUUAGUUGGGUCUUGUUCGGUGGUCCGACUUCAGAUGUGCACAUUUGUUUGUGACAAUGCCUUUGCUUACUUGAAUUGUAUAUUAACUUUUUACUCAAAUUUAGGGGCUUCAGUUUAACAGUUAAGUUUAUAAGGCAUGCUGCAGCCAGAAAUCGUUAGUCAGCUAAGUCUUGGCACUUGGAUAAUUAGGUGGAGCUCCAGAAACGGCAACGUGAGAUUGACACGUUUUGCAACCCAUGCAGUCGAGGAUUCUGAAAAAACCACUAUGCAACAAAAUGGAGGAGAAAAUUCAUUAGAGGCCAUAAUCAGGAUAAUCUCCGCAAGUCUGUAUCAGAUAAUAGCAGCAGGAGAACCGCGGUGCGGUGGAGGUUGAGAGCGGGGGGGACGUCGAUCUGGUGAAGCCGCGCAGGGAGCGGCUGCGGCUGCUGCGAUUCUCGGGUACAUGGAGAUGCUGCGGCGCUCCUCCGUGUUUGCGGCCGAGGUGUUCGACCGGUCGCCCACCGACAAGGAGCUGGUGUCCCAGGCUAAAGCGCUGUGCAGGGACUACAUCCACUCCAGGCUGAACCACGCCGGGAUCGGCUGGUCCAGACCUGAGCAGGGAGUGGCGGCGUCGGGAGGAAAGCUGGCGGAGGUCUCCCUGGUGGUUCAGUGGCUGGGUGACGAGUUGGAGUACCUCCGUCCCAACGUUUACCGCAACGUGGCCAAGCAGCUGAACAUCACUGUGGCGGUGGAGGGCGUGGUGUCCGACGCCUUCAUGGCUGUCGCUGCGGACGUCUUCUCAACAGGAGUGACGUGGGGGAAGGUGGUUUCCUUGUACGCCGUGGCGGGAGCCCUGGCAGUGGACUGUGUGCGCCAUGGUCAUCCAGCCAUGGUUCACACCAUCGUGGACUGCAUGGGGGAGUUUGUCCGCAAGAGUCUGACCCCCUGGUUGAAGAAAAGAGGAGGAUGGGCGGACGUCACGAAGUGCGUGGUGAACACCGGCCCCACCCUGUACCCCCACUGGUUGGCGUCUGCUGCCUUUGCGUUCGGACAUUACCUGAAGGCCGUGGUGUUGUACCUUCUCAGAGAGAAGUGAAAGACUCCGCCAGCCCCACGAGAGCCUCCAGCCUGUUGGACCAACGUUUACACUGUUUUGCACUGAGCCUCGGCCGACUGGCCGCUGGUCUCCUGUCUAUUUAUUGUUACCGCUGCUUGUGUUAGGGCACGCUUUUUAAAUUGAGUUUACACAAUCACACUUUGGGACUCUAUUUUUAUUUUUAUUUUUUUUAGAAAAAACUGUUUCUUUCUCAAGCUGCUGCACUGUAUGUAUUCCUGUAUGGGGGACUUGCAUGCCACCUUGUGGUAAUUAAGGGUAAAUGCUUCACAUCAUGAAUAACCACGACGUUUAUUUAUUUGAACAAAAGUGUGGAGAAGAUUAUUAUUUCAAGUUCAAAACAUUGAAAGGAUUUUGAGGGAAAGCAGUUCAAAAAUCUAUUUUGCCACAAAGUACAAAGGUAAACUAAAGAGUUCCUUGCAAAAGUAUUCAAACCCGUUAAGAGUCACAUUUUAUUUAUGUCACAACAACGCAGUGUAAAUUAUUUUACUUACAUUUUAGGGGAUACACCAAAACCAGAUAUCGUUUAUGUUUUAAAUGGCUACCUUUAUUCUUGGCCGCUGUUUUCCUUAAUACUUUUUCACUAAUGCUCUCUAUCAGAGGCCGUCAGCUGAGUUUAUGCCGAGAUUAAAUUACACAGAAGGUGGGCUCUAUUUGCUAAUUAGGUGAAAUUUGAAGGCAACUGAUUGAAUUUGAAAAGUGGGUGGAAUACAAAUGCAAAGCACUUUUUUUUUUUUUGUUAAUGAAGCAUGUGUAAAUUUCCUUCCAUUUCAAAAACAUCAAUGACGUUGGGUUUGUCUACCACUUGUAAUCCCAGUAAAAUACCGUAAGGUUAGCAGAUGUUAGAAAUUCCAAGGAGGUUCAAUACUUUUGCAACGCACUGACUCACAUUGAAAAUUUUACAUUACUUUCUCACGGCUCUUAUUUUUCUGCUGCUUUUCAUUUGUUUUUGUUUUUAUUAAUCAAAGAACAAAGAAAUUAUUUAAAAAAGAUUAAAGAUGAGUUCCUAGUGAGGUGUUUCCGAGCAGGUUUCCCUCCGUCUCUAUGGUUACCACUAUUGUUACUGCACUGUAAAAAGAGCUGUUAAGUGAUGAUACACAUGCAGUCUGUAAAUAGAUUUUAUUCCAUGAAUAAUUUCACUCCUGUGUGUAGCAUUAAGCAACCUAUUAAAUAAAUGUUUGUCAGAACUGUAAAUGGCAAUAAAUGGUAUAAAAUUAGUUUUUA